CUCGGACUUUGUGGGGAGAUGGGAGACGAACCACGAGCGACGCUUUCUCCCGGCGUCGGUGCAUCGUCUUCCUCGAGGAUCUUUGUGUUUUGGUCAGCUGACCCACAGCCGUGCGAGUUACAAAACAUUGGAAAAACAGUAACUUUGUGGAAUUCCGAAGCGGACACACGGGAAAGCGUUGUCAGCCUCUGUUUUACUGAACGUAGUCGCCGGAAUAUGUCGACCAAUGGAUCCGGCUGCAACCACGGCUGCAGCUCCGAUGCAGAACGACUGUGAGGCAGAGCCACAUUCAAUCUGGAGCUGGUGGCCUUCCUGGCGUCCAACCUCCAUGUCCCUUUUGAAGACGGCAGAGUCCAAGAUUCUUGCCUGUAUUCAAAACGACCUGUGGGCCAGGUUUGUGACCCUACCAAACCAGGAGCGAAUAUGGACUUUGACCCUCACCAACAAGAUGGUUCGCAAGCCUGCCGCUCGUAAGACUCCCCUGGUGAUGGUCCACGGCUUUGGAGGAGGGGUAGGGCUGUGGAUCAGGAACCUGGACACGCUGUGCCGGUCACGGCCUGUCUACGCCUUCGACCUCCUGGGCUUUGGCAGGAGCUCCAGGAUUCCCUUCCCCUCAGAUGCUGCCCAGGCAGAGGAGCAGUUCGUGAACUCCAUUGAACAAUGGAGACAGUCUGUAGGCCUGGAGAACAUGAUUCUGCUGGGGCAUAGUCUGGGGGGGUACCUGGCUACCUCCUACGCCAUCCAGUACCCUUCUAGGGUGUCACAUCUUAUCCUGGUAGACCCCUGGGGUUUCCCUGAGCGACCGCAGACAAAGACCGAGGAGAAGCGUAGUCCGGGGACAGAGGUGGUGAAGAGGCCAUCCCCUCCACGCUGGGUAAAAGUUAUUGCAGCGGUGGUUUCCCUUUUCAACCCACUGGCUGUAAUUAGAGCAGCAGGCCCAUGGGGUCCGGGCUUGGUGAACAGAUUCCGUCCCGAUUUCAAAAGGAAAUUUGAAGAUCUGUUUGAUGAUGACACUAUGACGCAGUACAUCUACCACUGUAACGCACAAACCCCGAGUGGUGAGGUGGGUUUCCGUGCCAUGUCAGAGUCUCUGGGCUGGGCUAAGAGGCCUAUGCUGCAGCGGGUUCACCUGCUGCCGCCCUCCAUGCCCCUCACCAUGCUGUAUGGAGAAUGGUCCUGGGUGGACAACUCAUCUGGGGACAGAGUGGUCCAGGUCAGGAGCCAGGCCCACACCAGAGUGCUGCUGAUCAAUAAAGCCUCUCACCACGUGUAUGCUGAUCAACCAGAAGAGUUCAACCGGGUGGUCGAAAAUAUAUGCAACUCCGUUAACUGACGGCGUGUGUGUGCGUGUGCAAACUUGUGGGUGCACAAGGACUGAAAGUACAGAGACCUUUGCGUGUGAACCAUGCUGGAUGGUUUUGCUUUGGGUCAUAUCUGGAAAUCAUACGUAGCUGUAACAAGUUAUUAAUAUUAUUAAUAUUAUGGUAUUAAAAUACUUUGUUUAUAUUUAUUAGCCGGUGUAUUUAGUAUCAGUAAAUUAAUUUAUAAGAUAUGAUUGAAUUUCUCUCUUAAUGUGCUCAUUAAUUGAACUGCUUAAUCCAGUGCUGAAUUUUGUUGCCCGUUGUUAUAUUUUUUUAACUGUGUGUGAAACAUGCACAUCACUCUGAAUGCACCAGGUCUGUGUGGUACAGAGCAGUCACGUGGCUUGUGAUUCACACGUUUUACAUAUGUCUGACAUCAACCACUAAGUACACUACUGUAUGUCAUAUUUUCUCUAACUCCCAUUUUAUUCUUAUAAAUUUCCCACUGUGUCAAACAACCGUUUGUAUUUUAUACCUUGAAAAUAAAAAAAACCUUGACAAACUGUU